AUUUCUUUGCCUAUUUGGAUUAAUCGGGCCUGUCAGAGUGAAUUGCAAUAUGCUGUAGCCCUAUUGUGGCUAUUGGUGAGAACAGUGAGGUGAGGAGCGAUUGUGAAAGAGUUGCAAAGCAAUGAUGUCAUAGUUUUAAGUAUGUGCCAUGGGAGAGCAUAUGGUUCGUACCCGCUGCCGAGCGGCAGUGUUGCUUUGUUAUGAACAGGCGGCGCUGUAGCUGGCGGAAGAGUAAGUCGCCCAGCCCAGUAUAUCUUCGCCUGGAAAAUAGAAGCCGAGGGGGAGACGAGAAAACGGGAGGAGAAAAUACGGUGUUGGCAGGAGGAGAAAGAGAAAGCUACGAUAAUGGCCGCUAAAUCGGAUGGGGUAUUGAAAAUGAAAAAGAGCGAUGUAGCUUUCACACCUUUGCAGAAUUCGGACCACUCGGGCUCAGUACAAGGACUCGUUCCAGGAUCGCAGCCGGAUUCGGGAAUUGGGGAUGGAGACUUCGUGAAUGGGGAAUCUCGGUGCUGUGGUUCUAAAUCGACAUGUCUUCGCCUUGGCAGAGAGCAGCAAACUAAAUACACGAUAUGGGACUGUCUAUGGAUCCUCGCCGCAGUGGCGGUGUAUUUCGCCGAUGUAGGCACCGAUAUUUGGCUUUCUGUCGACUAUUACCUCCGUCGCGAGUACUGGUGGUUCGGACUCACACUAUUUUUUGUGGUGCUAGGGUCGUUCUCCGUCCAAGUCUUCAGUUUCCGAUGGUUCGUCCACGAUUUCAGCACCGAGGAGAGCUCAAAUGCCGCCGGUGCGGCAAACUGCUCAUCCCACAUGGAUGGGAAGCUGCUGACCGGUUCUGCUUCACAUGGAGACGUGGGCGCCCAACCGUCCACACCUCAAAAACAGGCAUCCACCGCCAGCAAGAGCAACACCACAAGCAACAGUAACAGCAGCACGGCAACCCGGACUAAUAAGCAAAGGUCGGCGUCCUGUUCAGUCUUUAUCUGGUCCGCGCAAUCCGUCAUCCACAUCUUGCAGUUUGGGCAGAUUUGGAGGUAUUUCCAUGCCAUCUACCUGGGCAUCCGGAGCCGGCGCAGUGGGGACCAUGACCGCUGGAGGUUCUACUGGAGGAUGGUGUACGAGUUCGCUGACGUCAGCAUGCUGCAUCUCCUGGCCACCUUCCUGGAGAGCGCUCCUCAGCUGGUCCUGCAGCUCUGCAUCAUCAUCCAGACCCACAAACUGCAGGCCGUCCAAGGAAUGACAGCGGCUGCCUCCCUUGUGUCUCUGGCCUGGGCCCUGGCAUCCUAUCAGAAAGCGCUGCGAGACUCCCGGGACGACAAGAAGCCAAUCAGCUACCUGGCUGUCAUCAUCCAGUUCUGCUGGCAUUUCUUCACCAUCGCUGCCCGGGUCAUCACCUUCGCCCUGUUCGCCUCCGUGUUCCAGCUCUACUUCGGCAUCUUCAUCGUCCUGCAUUGGUGCUUCAUGACCUUCUGGAUAGUCCACUGCGAGACGGAGUUCUGCAUCACCAAGUGGGAGGAGAUUGUCUUCGACAUGGUAGUGGGGAUCAUCUACAUCUUCAGUUGGUUUAAUGUGAAGGAGGGUCGUACUCGGUGUAGGCUCUUCAUCUACUACUUUGUGAUCCUGCUGGAGAACACUGCUCUGAGUGCCCUGUGGUACCUGUACCGCAUCCCUCAGAGCACCGACGCCUUCGCCGUCCCCGCCCUCUGUGUCAUCUUCAGCAGCUUCCUCACCGGCAUCGUCUUCAUGCUCAUGUACUACGCCUUCUUUCACCCCAACGGGCCCCGCUUCGGACACUCGCCCAGCCUCGUGCUGGACGACCCCACCGCUGCCUUCAUGCUGCCCACCGAGGGGGCCACCAACUCGCUGAGGUCCAAUCGGGGUGUGCCCCUCAUCUCAGGGGAUGGCACCAUUGGCAGAGAUGCCAAAUACACAGAGAGAGACGGCUGUAUGCCCGUGUUUCAGGUGAGACCCACCGCCCCCUCCACGCCGUCCUCCCGUGCCCCACGCAUUGAGGAGACAGUCAUCAAAAUAGACCUGUGUCGGAAUCGCUAUCCGGCCUGGGAGAGGCACGUACUGGACAGGAGUAUACGCAAGGCCAUCCUGGCCAUCGACUGUUCCCCCACGCCACCCAGACUCCAGUACAAAGAUGACACUACUGUUCAGGAGCGUCUAGAGUACGAGACCACGCUGUAGCCCUGCACCGCUGCCUGGAUGCCUGGAUGAAGGAUCCAUGGAAAUGCUCAACUGUAAUAAAGGAUGACCAUCAACUCGGAUUUACAGCAGGAUUGUGGCAAUAAUACGUUAUCAGCUCUCUCUAUAUACAUACUAGCAUUGAACCAUGAUGUUGGUUGUCAUGGUUACAACUUCAGAAUAAAGAAAGUCGCACACUCCAUGUAUAAUCUCCCAGCAAUUCAAUGGAUAUUUACCAACGU